AUGUCGCUAAACCGCGACAGCAAGUCGGACCGCCAAAAAGCGGUCAGGGUCAGUCAGGAAUGGCACCCUGCUGAUCCAGCAACGUCAAAAGAAUUCGCAGGACUAUUGACGAAGAUUGCUCCCAGCACACAGUCACUGUGCAUUAUUGUCCCUUGUGAUGAGGUGUACCUCAUCACUUUGAAGAUCGAAGUGACAAGUGGAAUGUCACUUCGCGCCCUCGUUGACUGUGGGGCGUCGAACAGUUUUAUUCGACACCAGUCGCUAGAAGAUAGUAGGCUCAACUAUGUUGAGCGAGAGAUCCCUUCAACGAGGAUGACGGUGCGCGUUGCAACAGGUGCAUCCGUAACAGUGAACAAACUUGUAGUGGGAAUCCACUACACGCUAUAA